GUUUAUGGCAACAUGCCACCCUACCUCGCCCCGCUACACGUAAUUAAACCCUCUCUCCCCGAAUACUGCGAACCACAGAACGAUUUCCUGUACCAAGUUUCGGCCACCUUCCAUACCUGCAUACCCACCAAUCUCGCCUUCCUAUCUACGGUACUGGGAAGUUGUAGCAUCGUUGCCUGGCUAUUCGCCCAGCUACCACAGAUCUACAAGAACCACAAAUUCAAGUCGACCUCGGGGUUGAGCUUCUUUUUCCUGACGGAAUGGUUGCUAGGUGACUUAUCGAACCUGCUGGGCUCUCUGUUGACCCAGCAGGCUCUAUGGCAGGUUAUAAUAGCGGGAUACUAUGUGAUUGUGGAUUGUGCUCUGGUUGCACAGUGGAUCUGGUAUGAGCUGUUGAAGCAUGGAAGGCCGUUGCGACCGAUUUGGGGUCGUAACGAUACCUCUCCCAAGAGCAGCCCCGGCAGUCGAGGUGCCGGUAUGGAAGAGGCAUGGGAUGAAGUGAGCAGCGGAACCAUAGCCGUCGAACAUACCCCUCCUAUACCCGCAACUCCAGCAGACAAGAAAGAUAUACCGGAAAGGCCUUCCAGUAGUAUGAGCCGUUCCAUUCCGCACAGGGCCAACCCUAUGGAUGCUUUCCGAAUCCCCAACUUUGCCCGAUCUCCCAGUUCAUUCCGGGAUUCCUCAAGCUUCCAGAAUGGUUCACAACUCAGCUCCACACCGAAACGGACUGUCACUCGGCUCGGAACCUCACCCGCUGCGUCUCCUAGGACUGUAUUGUAUUUGUCUAUGGUUCUCGCUAUCCUUUCGCAUACCGCUGCCGCGACACCCAUCGUUUCCCUCGCACCCACGACGAACGGGGCCUUGACCAUCGCGGGUCGCUCCGUCACAGUGACUUCAUCGGCAUCCGCUGCACAAAUCGCUGGCAAGGUGUUAUCCUGGAUGAGCACGUUUCUCUACCUAGGUUCGCGCCUACCCCAACUAUACAAGAACCACGUGCGUAAAUCCACCGCCGGACUGAGCCCCACGCUCUUCGCCGCAGCUUUCUUCGGCAACCUCUUCUACUCCACCUCGUUGCUUACCAACCCUUGCGCGUGGUAUUCGUUCGCUCCCGGCGAGGGCUUAGGUUGGGUCGCUCCGGAGGGAAGCGUACAGUCUGAGUGGGUGCUGCGAGCCACUCCAUUCUUCCUCGGCGCUGCAGGCGUUCUCAUAAUGGACGCAGCCGUGGGCAUGCAAUUCUGGUAUUUCGGCGACGGAGUCGAGGAGGAGCGCGGACGCCCGAAGGCCAGAGACGAAGACGUCAUCGUCGUGGUCAACGACGACGGAUUCAAGCACAGGAGGCGGCUGCGGUGGCGCCGAGUGAGUGGCUGGAUGAGGGGAUGGGCGCCCAGUGUCAGCGUCGCGGGCACCCCGAGUACCAGUCGCGCUACGACGCCGGCGGACUCGAACAGAGAUACCGGCAGUCCUAGUUCGAGCAUCGGGUUCGGAAGGGAGAGGGAUGCGCUGGAUGAGGCGAGAGCAUUGCUGGGCACGGAGAGAGCCAGCCCAAGGAGUUAUGGCGGUUUUGCAUAA